AUGCCUACCGAGCAUACACCCACAAAAGCAGGUGCUGAAUCAUCAAAUGUUUCAUCUCUCAUCAACUUCCAAGCAUCAGGCGACACAGCCAGCAAUCUACAAGAACCAACGCCUGCCGAAGUAUUUCUCCCGCCAACUGGCAUCGGCGCAACAACGUACGCUAAAAUCCCGCCAUUUUGGAAAGAAAAUCCAGCGUUAUGGUUCGCACAGGCAGAAGCUGCAUUCAGCAUUUCUCGUAUCACUUAUGACGAUACAAAAUACAGGUAUAUUGUCUUGCAUCUGGAUAAUACAGCACUACCUUUCGUGUCGGACAUUAUUGCUAACCCUCCACCAACUGGAAAAUAUCAAGCUCUUAAAGAUCGAAUCAUACGUUCUUUCGAUGAAACCGGCGAAUCUAAAUUGAGAAAACUUAUUCGCGGUAACGAGCUCGGCGACGAUAAACCGUCUAACUUUUUGCAGCGACUCAGAAACCUGGCUGGCGGACAAUGUAAUGAUUCAGUCUUGCGCACCUUAUUCCUUGAACAAUUGCCCGAGAAUGUAAGAUCAGUCUUAGCAAUUAGCGAAGUCACAGAUUUAUCCAUAUUAGCUUCUCAAGCCGAUAGAAUAUACGAGAUUACCAAACCUACAAUUAACGCCAUAGCUUCCUCCAAUGCAGCCCAAGCGAUCUCUAGCAAUCCCAUAGAUGAUUUAAAUAGGCGUAUUGAUGCAUUAGCCAGAGAAUUACGUGGACAACGUUCACGACGAAGAUCUCACUCACGACAAUCAAGAAAACCUAGCAGUAGGUUAGGAUCCUCCGAACGUAGUCAAGGUGAAAAUUCAAUUUGCUGGUACCAUCGACAAUUCGAUACCAAGGCUAAGAAAUGUCAGCAGCCUUGCAAUUAUGAAUCGGCAAAGAAACCGGAAAACUAG